CUUUGUUCGUUAACUCACACCAUCUCACCCUAGCUGACAGAUUCAAAGUUGCUUUAUCGCGGAAAGAGCAAGGCUGUGUUUCCGUGAACCUGAUUUGAUUUUUCUCCCGCUUGAUGCGUAGUUAAAGUGCACGUUGCAAUCAUGAGCGUGAGUAAAACAAUCACUGAAACGGUUACCAGCGGCAAAACGGCAUCGGCAGUGAUUACCGCACAAGCACCAGCAGCAGCGAGCACGAUGCCCGUGCAGCGCCCAUAUGGGAAAAUUGUGCUCACGCUCGAAAACUGUCUGCUUCCGGAAGUGAAGCUCGACCAAACGCCGUCCCAAAACGAUGGGCUUGAUCGGGAAACGGAAACCGAUCUGCGUAUCCUUGGCUGUGAGCUGAUUCAGACGGCAGGCAUACUGCUUAAAUUGCCCCAGGUUGCUAUGGCGACCGGGCAGGUACUGUUCCAGCGGUUCUUCUAUUCGAAAUCCUUCGUGCGUCACAGUAUGGAGGCAACGGCGAUGAGCUGCAUCUGCCUGGCGUCCAAAAUCGAGGAAGCACCCCGUCGGAUACGGGACGUGAUAAACGUCUUUCAUCAUAUCAAACAAGUCCGAAGCCAAAAGCCCAUGAUACCGAUGAUACUGGACCAGCACUACAUCAAUCUGAAAUCACAGGUGAUCAAGGCGGAACGGCGCGUACUGAAGGAGCUCGGGUUCUGCGUGCACGUGAAGCACCCGCACAAGCUGAUCGUGAUGUACCUGAAGUAUCUCGAGCUGGAGAAGCACCAGAACAUGAUGCAGAUGGCGUGGAACUUCAUGAACGAUUCCUUCCGGACGGAUGUGUUCGUGCGGUACCAGCCGGAAACGAUCGCGUGUGCGUGCAUUUAUUUGACCGCACGCAAGCACAACAUUCCCCUGCCGAACAGUCCACCGUGGUUCGUGAUAUUUCGCGUCAGCGAGGACGACAUGCUGGACGUUUGCUACCGCAUCAUGGCACUGUACAAGCGGGGCAAACCGAACGCGGAGCAGCUGGAGGAAGCGGUUGAAGCUUUAAAGAAAAAGUACCAAGAGCAGCGCAAAAAGGAUCGGCCCGAGGCUAAUCCGGCGGCAGCAGCACCAACCGUCAUUACGGUCGAUCGGAACAAUGGAUCCCACAAUGCGUGGGGUGGUUUCAUACAACGUGCGAUGCCAUUGCCGCUAAAUUCGUCCGGCAAUGCGGGCACCACAAAUAGCGGAGGGAGUAAUACGGCUGCGACCGGAAGUGUUACUGGUAGUGGUACCAAUGCGAACAGUAAUGCCGCCGGUCUGAACAACAACGAAUCUGACACCGGAGGACCGACGGCCGAUGGGAAGAAGUCGAGAUCUCGUUCGAAAUCAUUAUCGAAAUCGUCCCGUUCAAAGUCACGCUCACCACGGUCGAUGUCACGUUCCGUGUCACGGUCCCGUUCACGCGGUACACGAUCCCGUUCGCGAACGUCCCAUUCACGGUCGCGCUCGAAAACGCGCACUUCACGUUCACGCAGCAUAGCUUCACGCUCACGGUCAAGAUCGCGAUCACGAAACUCGCCUCACUAUCCUACCGAGAAGGGUGGCUCUAGAAGAACGUCGAAAAAGUCACGGCACCGUUCCAGAACGCCGCUAAAAGUGUCGUCAUCGGCUAAGAAAAAAUCGUCUCGCCACUACUCAUCCCGUUCCCCGUCGCCCGAUUCGCCUCAGAAGUACAAAAAGAGUGAUAAGAAAUACGAUCGUCGUUCUGGAAGAGGGGGUGAAGAUAGAAACAACGACAAUCGUUACACCAACGGUUCCGAACGUGAUCGCGAUCGUUCGAAAGGAACGAACAACUCAAUGGAUCACUCACGAAAUCGCGAUCGCGACAGGGAUCGAAUGAGAUCAGAUAGCGGCAAGCUAGGCGGUGGUGGUGGCGGAGGAGGAGGAGCCUACGAUCGGGACGACUAUAGGCGCAGUGAGAAAGAUUACCGGGACAAUGGGAAGCAUGAUAAAUAUGGCUCUAGUCGCCAUAGUGAUAGCAGCAGUAGGCAUCGAUCGUCCAAGCAUGAGCGCGAACGAUCACGCGAUCGUGAUCGAGACCGGCGCCGAUAGAAGGGCGCAACGAACGAAGAGUUUAGGACAAUUCCGAUCAUACCCUUAAACCCGUCACGAAGUUAUGCUGCCAUGUAUGUACGAUAAAUUAUACACCCUUCGGUUCUACAACUAAGUGUUUGAUUUACAAUAAGUUCAGUUUGAACUCCACACACAUACAUCCACUAAAAUUGGGCCUAUUCAGCAGGCGACGAGUGCGUUCGGACGCGUCGAAUGAUUUGGGUGCCGAAUUAGCUUUAAUUUCAUUGACCGCUCGUUAGCCAAUUUCCGGUGUACCGGUGUAGUUCAAUCUUUGUGCGUGUGUGUGUCAAUAGCGAGUUUUUUAAACACACUUUAAUUUUUCUACAACUUUACAAACCGCAAACUAAUUGUGAGGCACACAGAACGAUGAUUGUAACACAUUAUAUAGGAUGGUUCGUUCACUCAUAGCGCUUACGAGAACUGAAAACGGCAAGCGUUUUGGUAGGAUUAUGAAUGGUAAUGAGCAGCGAUACACUGUCAUGAUGGAAAGUACUUGUAAAAAUAGAUUUAUAGUAAGUGCAAGCUAAUAAUAAGCAGUUAAAAUCAUCGAGAUGUACAUACAAUUUGGUCCUCUCAUACUCAACACACGACGGCGUGAAGGAUUCAAAUAAAAAGUUACAAAUGUUAUUUACAAAUCUAAACAA